UUGUCGUCGUUUUCUUAGUCCCCGUUGCUUCGUAGCCUCGAUCUAUUUGACCGAUUCGAACCAGCCGACGAGACUGCCGGGAAUUCAUCCCCACACCAUGUAAUGCAGCUGCAUGGGAAGCCCACUGUUCUACCGUUGGACUUCUGAGAGUCUAGCCGGGUGCAGAGUGUAGAGCGCAGUUGUAUCUUUUUUGAUACUUUCAACACGAUACAGAGCAAGAGACAUUUUGUUUCCGCAAGCUUUGGAAACGUAGCUGAAGACUCACGAACCGAAUAAUCGACCAUGUCGGCUCUCAUAAUACCAGAUGCCGGCUUACCGCUGGAGAGCUCGCCCAGCUCGAGGGACUUUCUUCCCAUGCAAACUUUCGGUCUUACCUUGAACAAUAGCAUGAUUGAAGAUAUGAUCAAAUGCGUACAGAGUGGGCAGAACGUGGAAAUAACUUUGGGUGGCACACCCUCUCUGCACUAUGGAUCGCAGGAAACCAAGAUUUCGGCUACCCCAGAGUCUUUAGACUACGACUUGUAUCUUACAGAUCUGACGGAUGCUGGAAAUAAGACCCAGCGACUACCACACCCCACUAUGUCCAUUUCCAAGAAACCACCCCAAUCCCUCUUGGCGAAGAAAGCGACGAAAGUUACAGCGAAGUAUACCAGCCGUGCUUCGUCUUCUGGAGCGGACUCAGACCUCGAUACACGGACUGGUGCUCAUGCUCAAAAGAGCGGCAAGGGGUCAAAAUUUGUCAAUGGUGCCCCCAAAGGUGCCAAAAACCUUCCUACCGGGCGAUCAGCGAUGGCGAGCGUUUUGUCGAGUACGACCCGAUCACUACCCACCAGUCCUGCUCUGAACGGUGUAUCUUCGCCGAAUCCCGCCUUUUCCGCCUCUCAACAAAUUCUAGAGAAGAACAAAGGACAGAGGUCCGUUUUGGUCCACGAGUUGGCUGUGAGAGAUCAGUCUUUCGAACAUCUAAAAAAUGUUUGGACCGGUGCAGAUUCGGACCUAAAAUCGACUGUUGAAAAGGUCGCCGAUUUCAACAAGACAACAGAGAAGUGGAGUUUGAAGAAACCAUAUUGGAAAGAACUAGAUGUCUGGAAUUAUGACUACAAAAACCCUGCGGAUCGUCAGUCGGCCAUCGAUGGCGCUAUAAAGGCUUACGACAAGCAAAGAAUGAUGUUAUCAGACUCUGCUUGGGAAAGAUUGCUUCCUCAAGAAGACCGAGGCAAGAAUAUCGUAUUGAGCAAGCUGCAAGCGUCGAUUGCGAAGCAGAGCACGAUUGUCCCUGCACCCAAGAUUGCUGUCCAAAAGGCAGAAGAUGGGAACAAGAGCGACAUUGACUCAUCUAAAGCAAAAGGUGAAGCUAUGUCUAGAUCAGCCUCACAGCCAACUUCGAAUAAACCGAAGAAGAUCAGUGAACGCGAAGCCCAGACCAAGCGCCUCUUGUCCAGCAACCCCAAGAAGCCUGCGCCAAAGAAACAAGUCAGCAAGGUUAAGGCUGCAGAGGAGAAGGGCAAGAGAGUUCUUUCUGAAGAAUUUGUAUACGACACAGAUACAAGUGUAGAGGAUGCCCCCUCGUCACAGAAUACUGCUCCGGCUCCAAAGUCAAGGUUGCCCCCAAAGUCUACUGAUAAGCCUAUUGAAAAACAAAUCGAGAAGUCUGUUGAGAGACGAACCGAGAAACCUGCAGGGAAAAUGAGCGAAAAACCGAAGGAACCGCCUGCUCUGAAACCGAAACCAAAGCCUGUAGUUCGAGCUCCUCGUGCGCCUGCGAAACCACUCGGAGUUACGAAUAAAUCACCACAGAAGCGCUCCCGUGAAGAUGACGACAGCAGCUCUAGUUCAGGCGCUCCUCUAAGCAAGCGUAUUAAGCCAAAGGAGUUGCCAAAGCCAACCAUAGAAGCCAAGCCGAUUAAGCAUCGCGUGUCAGAUGCUAGUCAAAAUUCUCGAGGAACUAAUAGCACAAUAAAUUCAAGUUUCACAAUGAAAAGCAAGAACACCUCGCCUACAAAGUCUUCACCUCUCGCUACAUCGCCACCGACUAAUGCCUCUGAUCUCGAGGAGCGCCCUUCGAGUCAACGGCCGCUGAAUCGCGUGCAGCAGCACCCAAUCCAGCCACCCCGUAAUGGGGAGCGGGAACGGGGGCGCGGGCGCGAUCGCGGCCGGGCUCAUGGUCCUACGAAUAGCAUAUCAACGUCAAGUUCCGCUACAUCUUUGGCACCUUCUGUCGCUGUGGUUAGUAAAAAACGAAAGGAUAGAGAGUCAGUCGAAGAAGAGUCACCGGACACAACCCCGACCCCACCCUCGAAGAAGCCUCGUAUUUCCCGGGAGGUUUUAUCUCAGGCCCUCAUGUUCACCAAGUUUUAUGAGAAAUAUGAGGCACUCCAUUACGAGAUAGCGGAACUGAAAAGCCCACCAGAUGACAAGCUUACCAGCCUCCUCCAAAUGCGUGAUAGGCUUGUCACCAUGAAGCGCGAGAUCCAGGAAGCUGCUGCUGCCAGCGCCUAGAUUGGGUGCUUCUCCAGACCUGGUUAAUGUUUUUUCUUUGCAUAAUUUGGCCCAUACGGACCUCGGCAGCAUCGAUUUGGGGCGUUCUUUUGGACGGUGUGAAUAUUCCCUCGAUCGGAGAGAUGUCUCUCAAUUUUCCUGUUUAAUGAAUAAGCCGGUCAAGAGGCGUCCCGAUACGGCCAUAAUUUUUCAUGCCAACAAACUUGGCUUUUGGUUAAUGGUUCUAGACCCUUCAAUGAGUUGUGCUUCGGGUCAUGUGAGGCGGUCAACGAUGGAUAGUCCCACCCUCAAAUAUACGGAUCCCUCAGCCAG